AUGUUCACUAAAUAUCUUUCGCUUUUACUUCUAUUCUUAUUACUAUUUCUCGAUUUCAUCGCAUCAACGUAUGGACAAGUGUGUCCAUAUCCAUGCUACCCUCCUCCAACCGGCCACGUAAACAACCUUCCGGCGGCUAUAACCCCACCAUAUCCACCACAAGGGUCUAAUUAUAACAAUUAUCCACCACCAACAAGUGGCGGCGGCGGCGGUUAUAGUAAUUUACCAAAUUACCCUCCACCUAAUAAUGGCUAUGUAAAUGGUUUAGUGCCACCACCUCCUGAUCCAAUAUUGCCUUGGUGGCCAUAUCGUUAUAGAAAUCCUCAAAAUCAAUAUUCUUCAUCAAAUUCAAUUCAAGAAUCAAGAAACAUGAUGAUCACUAUUAUGGUUCCAAUAUUUUCAUUUGUAUUUCACUUUGCUUUUCCAUUAAGUUAG